GGGGCCCAUACAGUACAGGAUAUGGAAGCACAUGAAAAGCUGUCUUUACCCAAAUAUUACAUCAGUGACCUUUGACCCUGACACAGCCCACCCUAACCUGUCCCUGUCCCAGUCCUGCACCUCAGUCUGGUUUGAUGAGGAUAAAGACACAAAGGAUUGCGAUGCAAACCCCAGACGUUUCCACUAUUACUACUGCGUGCUGGGCAGUCAGGGCUUCACCACAGGACGGCACUACUGGGAGGUGGACGUGGGUCAUAAGACGGCGUGGAGGUUGGGAGUGGCACGAGAAGAUGUUGAAAGAGGAGAGAUGGAUGCUACAGGAACCUCCAGCGGCCUGUGGACCCUCGCUCUGAAAGGUGGAUCUGUUCUAGCCUGCACUGACCCAAAACCCACCAAGGUCACUGUGUCUGUGCGUCUUGUCCGCAUCGGUGUGUUCCUAGACUGUGAAAAGGAGGAGGUGUCUUUCUACAACGCUAUUUCAAUGGCACCGAUCUACACCUUCACUAUGGGAACCGUUAUGGCUCCUCUGUUUCCCUUUUAUAAUCCAUGUGACACUGAUGAUGGAAAGAACACGGCGGCAUUAAAGAUCUUUAACCCCUCACUAUGAUUAGUGACUGUUCACACUAUGGACUGCAUAAAAGGAUGGACAACACAAUAGCUCCUGAAAAGUGAAGCUAAUAUGUUUGGAAAUACCACUCCUGACAGGCAACAGUACAGGGCAUAGGCUCCACCUCCUCCAUGUUUACGAAUGGGACAUGGGUCAGAAUUCAAAAUCAAAAUACAUAUUUAACAAUGUUUUUCUCAGUUAUAGUCUCUGUCAUUUAGUUUGUUCUUAUUUUGCUGAAUCUUUUCAGAGUACUUUUUUUCUGAAUGGGUUAUUUAGAUUAGUUACUUGAUGCUAUGAAAUUUGGUAAAAUGCUAUGAUUGUCAGCUGUUUUGACAAAUGUGGCUCCUAACAGGGAUUAGCAGAGUAGAGGAGAACAGCAAGAGGGAAUAAAGAUCAAUGCUAACACAAGUCACUGGAAUUUCAAUAACACUAAUUGUCUGCUUCAAACUGACACAGAUAUUUAUUUUUAUUGUAGACUGUACCAACCUGAUCUUUGCCAUUUUUCCCACAAAUAAAAUGUGUAUUUUGUUUUUAUGGAAGGGUCUUAGCCCACCACACACUCUAUUGUAAAAUUCUGCCUCCAGAGACACACCAGCGUGAUAUGUCUUGACCUGUGCGCCAGGGUGUUUUGGCCUUAAUUUAGCACAAUGGCAGGAGCUGACGGCUUAUUGUCCAUCUUUAUAUACAGUCUUACGUUCACAGCAUUAAUCAGUGUACCACAGAGAAGAGUUUUGCAGCAAUAAUUGUAUGGUUGCUGUGUUAUCUUAAAAUUUAGAACUGAAACAACAUAAAAUGGUUCAGCAUUUAAUCAAAGAAAUUAAAUUAGUAGAGUAAAGGAGGAGCUGGGGUGGAGGAGUGUUGCAAAAAACAGCUUGCAAAGGGAGCAGCAAAGUGUAGCCAGGCUGAAACAGUCUAAAUAUGGCAGCAACAGUGCGAUUAGCCACAAGCGUGCAUAGAGGAAAUCAGCUGGCUGUCAGCUGAUGAGGGCUUGCUCUUUGACUCCAUGGCCUGCCUGAACUAACACUAUAUGCUCUAUUUUCAGGCAUUAGGGUCAAAAUUAAAGCUAGUCUUUGCUAAAAUUCAGGAUGGACUUAGUCUUUGCAAACCUCCAUAGGCCUCUUCAUAACUCUCGGCCCCUGAAAGCCCCCCGCACUGAGUGGCCUCAUUCAAGCUUUUAAGAUUUUAUAUUAAAAAAAAAAAUGUAUUGACAGAUAAAAAUCAACUUAACCCCUUAUAGGAAAAUACAUUAGCUGCAGCAUUUCCAUUGAAGCUUGUAUAAAGAACUUUUGGUUUGUGGUGACUUUUAGAUGCUGUGGACACAGCAGUGUGUCUAAUGUCUAUGCUGAUCAUGAUUAAAAGUAGUACUUUUUGACAGAAAAAAAACUCACUCUGCCAUCUUUAACCCUCAAAUGUAUUGCUCAUAUUUUUGUGAAAAAUGUUUUUAUAAAGACUGUAAAUCAUUGUUUGUCAUCUAACCUGUGGCAGAAGCAUUCAAAAUUACAACAUAGAAAGUUUAAAUGUUGACACUGAUGUUUUUGGUUGAUUUUGCAGCUCAUCUAGUGGUAAUAUUAUUUAUGCCAGUCUGUUUCAAUAACCAUUUAAAAGUCCUAACAGG